AACAUCAGUGUAGUCUGUGCUGUGAAGAAAGCUAGUGCUUGUUCACCCUCUGUGCUGUGACUCUAGGCAUUGGCUGAGCGCUGUGUCCCCUGCCUCGUCAGAGAAGGAGGUGUUGCGUAUCCAGAGCAGUGAAUGUGAGCAACCCUGGUGAGGAAGCACUCCCAUGGCCACUGCCGUCACCCCCACCACCACCGCGGCAGUGAAUUAUUCGCAUCUCAAACUGGUGUGCAUCCUGAUGGAUCCAGGAGCAGCCGUGCUCUUUCACGCUCUAAAAUGUGGCACAAACAAGACCGCUUCCGUCACCCUCUUGGAGUACCUGACCAACCUCCCAAACACCUCAACGGCCAACUACCUCACGCUCAGCAAUAAGAAUAACGCGUUUUACUCCCAUGAAAAAGCUCGGAUGGACAAUGAUUCCUCGUGCCAAAGCUUUGAUAUAACACUGCUAUACAAGUGCAUAAAACUGGCCUGUGAAAAUGUUGCAGGAACCAGUGAUGCACGCUGGCAGGAUGAUGCAGUGAUGGAGGGCCUGAUCACUAAAAUAAAAGAAGAGCGUAACAAGUACUCCCAUGAAAGGCCUCGGUUUACAGAUGAACAGCAAUUCCUGGACAAAGUUGAGGAGCUCAAGAGCCUCUUCAUCAGAACCCUUCAGGCUAUCAAGGACAAGUACGGAGUCUCUGAUGCUGAGACCACAAACAUCAUUGACAACACAACAAGGCAGAUAAAAGACAUAUGCAAGGCCUUUGAUGAAAAAGUCAUAUUACAGAUGAAUUUUCAUAAACAGCUCCAUUUGUUUAAGCAAGAGUCAGUGAGUCACUUGAGAGAUAAUUUCAAACGGUUUGAAUAUUUUGACCCACUGUCCUUCCUCAGUGGAUCCCAAAAAGAACGGGUCCACGUCCAGACCGUAUUUUCAAAACUUGUCCUAAAACAGGAACUCACAUCCCAAGAAAUUGACUCGUUAAAUAUUUUAAGAUAUCUAACAAAAGACUCUGUCCAGGACCAAAGGCCACGCCUUGCUGUAAUGAGCGGUGUCGCCGGGAGUGGGAAGACCACCCUGCUCACUUUCAUCUUGUCGGAGUGGCUCAACGAAGAGUGUAACCGCCGCAUUAAACACCUAGAGGAGUACGACAUUGUACUCAGAAUACUGUGCAGGGACACAGAUGCCGAAGAUCUGGAGACAUUCCUGGGCCUGGUCCUCCCAUCUAGUCUUUCUACUCUGUCAGUGUUUAACAAGUCUCUCGUGAACUGUUUAAAGUCCUGUAAAGUGCUGUUCCUCAUAGAUGGUCUCGAUGAGCUGAACAGCACCUCCGAAAAGCUCGUCACUAAUAUUCUGAGUAAAACUAAAUAUAACGAAAAUUUCUCCAUUCUCGCCACCUCACGACCAGACCAAUUGGACCAUUUCUUGGCCCACACGCGACAGGACUAUAAACAAUCGCAUAUAUCUAUCGAGGGGAUUCCUGUCCAUCAGAGGAUGAAGCUUGCUCUCCAGUACUGUAACACCACAAUCCAGGAUAAGCUGAAGGAGUUCCUAACAAAAAUUAUCAACAUAAACCUGUUUGAGCUUCCCCUCAACCUAAUAUUUCUGGUUACAUUAUUUGAAGACAAUCCUCGCUGCAUUAAGAAAAAUAUUACCCAGUCUAAUUUGUACACCCACAUCCACGAGUGGUGCAUAGAAAAGCUUCACCACAGAAUAUCCGUGCACCCCAAAUGGGGGAAGAAUAGGCCACAGACCCUCAGGACGAGGAUAGAAAGUGUGCUGAAAGAGAUUUACCAAAUGGCCGUAAAAGGCCUCCUACAGGACAGAUUAAGCCUCUCAGACGAGGAAAAAAAGCGGCUGGAAUAUUGUUGCGAGAGAGAGGAUCUGCCAAGCCAUCAAAUCUUGGGAGCCUUUUUCACUAUGCGGUCGUCCAUCACCAACAAAGUAGUCAGAAGGAAUUAUUAUGCACCACAUAAAGGUAUGAUGGAAUACUUUGCUGCUCGACAUAUCAUGCAGCACCAUCAUGAUGGAUUCCUCACAGAACCAGGAGCUAUCACGAGCCUGCUGCAGGGUGCGACUCAGCCACAGACACAGUCUCUAGAUCCUCGGGGUCUGCGUAAUCUCUUCUGGCACGUGGCGGGCCUCUUAAGCAUACAAGAGGUACCAACAUAUCCCGAUACCAUACAGGAGGUGAUAGACAUGCUGUCAGAAACUGGCAUGACGUGGAAUGAAUGGCUGUCACUAGUGGAAGACACAGAUUAUAAUGAAAGCUUCCUGCAAAGUAUCGCUCACCAUGUCACAGAAUAUCCUCCUUGUGGGACAGUAAGGAUAACAGACAAUACGUUGGCCAGCGCUGCGGCACUGCUUCCCCGUACUCCCGCAACGACAGUGGAAUUAUGGUUGUUCAGCGAAGAAGUGAAUAUGAAAAAUGUUCGUGCUUUGAUUAAUCAUCAUUGCAGUGAAUUGCGUCUGUGGCACAAUUACGAGCAUCCCGGCGAAAUACCUGCCUCAGACACCGUGCUGCGCGCCAUAGACAGAAGUCGCCUUGAGGUUUUCAUGGGGCACCUGAGUGCUGAUAGCGUGGCGCUGCUCCCUGAAUGCCUUGAGGAGCUGUACCUGGCCGUAUCUAGUGAUGAGCAGGCUGCCAGCCUCCCAGCAGCCCUCACCCGAGCCGCGUCAUCUCUCCUUAGCCUGUGGAGUCUUAGGAUACACGUCCCUGUGGCGAUGGUAUCACCAGUGACAGUUCCUUCACCACUCCCUCCUUUCAUAUAUGUGGAGUUGGUCUUGUCUGGCGUGGACAAAACCCUGAUAAAGGAUGCUUGUCAAGUAGCAGCGGCUAUCCAGCCUAUGACAGGAAAUGAAGCCAUUACGUUCCCCGGAGGCAGGAUGAAGGCAGCAGAGUGGCGGCGCCUGUUUGACCUCCUGGCGGCAGCACGAGUCAAGGUGAGGAUAGGGGGAGAUGUUGCGAUACCAGAGGAAACCAUCACGGUGGAGGAGGAGAGGGAUCUGAGGGACCUCGCUAUCACUUUGUGGGGGUGCGGGGUGUGGAGACGCUCCAGUGAGCUGUGUUUCUUGUCAAAUAUACUUGAUUAAAUAGGUACCAUGUCAUGUAGAGGAAAACUUAUGCUAGAAUUAGCAUUAAAGGCUAAGGAAAACAGUGAAGAAAACCCUGAGGAAAAUAGUACAGGUAUAUACUAUCAUAACCUUCAUUAUAUUUCUAUAUAAUUUGCUUUAAGGUGGGAGGUAAGCCUAUUUUUUUUUUAUUAAUGAGCCAAUUUUGAUGAAAACUAUUUUAACAAUCAAAACUUUCGGAGGAGUAAGGCUUUGAAGUUUAAAGAUCCAACUUUUUAAAAAUGCAAAAUAAAGUAAAAUUUUCAGAUUUUUUGGUUCUCAUUGUUAAAAUUUUGGAUCCCCAUCUGAGGAAUUUAUAGUUCCCCCCAAAACUAAAAAAAAAAAAAAAAUGACACAUGCUGUCUUACAUACCAUAGAGCGUUUUUAACACAAAAAACAAAAAUCACAUUUUAGACCCAUUUCUUUGUACUUUGUAGGAUGUGAACUUGCUGUUGACCCUCAAAUCAAUGAUGACCAUCUGCUGCCAUCAGCAAGCAUUACGGGUGCAAGCUCUGCUUCAAAUAACAGGAAGUCUUCUUCUAGUAGUGACUCGUCCUCUAGUAGUGACUCGUCUUCUAGCAGUGAAUCAUCUUCUAGCAGUGACUCAGAAACUGAAGAUAUUGACACAGAUGAUUCCGUGAAAGAUAAGGACUAUAUCCCAAGCAAAGAGGAAGAAGAGAGUUUUAGCCUUGAAGAGAAGGACGCAGUUGAUAAAAUUCCUGCACUAGUUAGUCCGCAAAAGGGACGUAAACGUAAACAGCACCUGAGUCAAUGGAAGAAACAUAAAGCGAAAAAAUUAAGGAACUCUGGAAAGGCUUAUAUAAGCAAAAAUAAUAAAAUAAGACCAGAAAGGAAAAUGAAACUGCCAUGUGGAAAUAAAUGUCGAAUUAAAUGUUCAGAACAGAUAAAUGAAGAAGAAAGGCAAAAACUCUUUGACUCUUAUUGGGCAUUAGGAGACAUUGCUCAACAGUGGCAGUUCAUUUCAAACUGCAUUAAAACUGUUAGACCUAAAUACAGGUAUGUUCGUGAGGGAGGCAACCGUCAACCUAGGAACAAUAACAGUUCCUUUCACUUCAUGGUUGGUCAGAAUGAAAUUCGUGUUUGCAAACUUUUUUUCAAGAACACACUUGAUAUCAAUGACCGGCCAAUAAGAACAGCUUUAGCAAAGCAAAGCAGAGUUGCUAAUGUUCUUCUUAUGGAACCUGAUAAGAGAGGCCAACAUGGUAAUCAAGUAACUGUUGAUCCUGAAAUUAGGAAAGGCGUCAAGGCACAUAUUGAGUCUGUCCCUCAGAUAGAGAGUCACUAUACGAGAGCUACAUCAAGUAGGACAUUCAUAUGCGGCUCUAAAACAAUUGCAGAAAUUCACCGCGAUUAUGUUGAGAAGUCCAAACAACAAAAGGUACCUUAUGCCAAUUGUCAUGUUAUUGGCCGAGUUUACCUUGAAUGGGAUCACGUUUUCUUAGUGUCCCCGUGUUCCGGUUACCUGCCAUUCGGGCAUUAUCCUUAUUAUUGUUAUAAGUAGUGUAAGGCUUAUUUACCCAUUUUAUAUCAUGUAGUAUUAUCUUCUUCAUAAUUUAAGUUCUCUAUAUCUUUAUAUGUAUAAGGAAGGGAGUAUAAUUGAGGUGAAAUACGUUGAAAACGAGGGGAGCUUGAGUGGGCAACAACACAUUCCAAGGAGGGGAAAAAUCAGAGCGCCUUAGGUCGUGAGGAAAGGUGGAGGGAAGGCGUCUCUCAGGGAAGGAUCUUGGUGUGGAUUGGUGAUGGAGUGAGUUCGUGGAGGUGUUAGUGGUGUAGCGGUAUAACCUUGAUAUCCAGGAUCAGGUUAGUGAGUCUUUUGUGGUACCAAGAGCUCUUGUCCGCUGAAAUUCGGGUGUUGAGUUGUGCCGGUGACGCUGUUGGAAGGGGUCAGAGGUUAAACUGGCAGCCAUUUUGUGAGUGGAGGUUGUGGUGUUAACCUUGGAAGUUGGUGUUGUGGUGUAUUGGUGAUUUUGGGGACGAGAUUGUGGUGUUAUGGGUAAUCUUUGGUGAUAAUGGUAAUUUCUUGUGAGGCUUGAGGAGGUGAAAUACGGGAAUUAUUGUCUGGGGACGCAGUAGUGGCGUCUGAGUAAAUUCCUGCGGUUGAGGGGAAACAUUUAUGUGACUGGUGGAGGUGUAAACGGGUUCUGGUGACGUGGGAAGUGACGAGAACGUCAUGUAGUAACGUGUGCUACCUCAUGUUGUUUGUGAAUUAUUAUUAGUAUUAAUAUAUGUGCUUGUAACAUAGAAUAAUCGUGUUUUCUACCCCUCCAACAACAAUCUGGUAUUAGAGGUAAUUCCAGUCAUGCUGAGUCAAGGUAAAGGUGGAGUAAGAGAUAAUUCUGACGAUUUCGGAUAGGUCGGGUAGGCACUCGAAGCCUUUAAAAAUCCAGACCUUUAAAACUUUCCGGGAUCAGUGUAACGUCCACUUUCUUGGAGAGAUAACCGGGAUCGUACGAUCGCAGGUAAGUAGGCGAUCGUGACACAAUUACACUCUGUUUUAUCGCAUUUUUACCACAGAGUAUAAUAUUUCUUUUUUUGUUCCUAAAAAGGACCAAUGCGAUGUUUGUUCAUCUUGUCAUAAUGCGGAGAAAGAAGAGAAAGAGCGCCUUCAAGGAAGCUAUGAAAAUCACCACAAAGAAAAAGACAUGUCAAGAAAUGAAAAACAAAGAUAAAACUGAGAGUGAUGCAGUUGUUGCUGUUUAUGACCUUCAGGCUGUAAUGCAGAUACCAAAAGGGGACAUUUCAGUUUUUUAUUACAAGUCAAAGCUGAAUGUUUUAAAUUUUACUAUUUACAAUGCUAAAACAAACUCAUGUAAUUGCUACGUCUGGAAUGAAACUAAUGGCCAACGUGGGGUUAAUGAAAUUGGGACCUGUGUUCUCGAUUACAUUAAAACCUUGUGUGAGGCAGGAGAAACUGACAUAAUUUUUUACUCAGAUAACUGUUCUGGCCAACAGAAAAAUAAGUUCAUGAUGGCACUUUACCUUUAUGCAGUAAACAACUUACCAAAUAUAACUUCAAUAACGCACAAGUUUCUAAUAAAAGGGCAUACCCAAAAUGAGGGUGACUCUGCCCAUUCCCUAAUUGAAAGAGAAGUAAAGAGAAUUUUAAAAAGUGGACCCAUUUAUGUGCCGGAAACUUACGUAACGGUAGUUCGAACUGCUAGAAAGAAAGGACAGCCUUUCGUAGUAAAAGAGCUUUGUUACAAAGAUUUCUUGAACAUCAAGUCUCUAGCUAAUGAAAUGGGACCUAUCAAUUGCAAGACUCUUCAACUCUCUGAUGUUAAAGUAAUGAAAUUUGAAAAGCAGUCACCACUGUCAGUUUUUUUGUAAACAUUCCUAUGGUUCAGACUAUAAGGAGCUUAAAAUUUUGAAAAACUCAAAUAAAGCCACCUCCAUUAAUGACUUAUUGCCAUGUUACUCCAGCAGACUUACAUUGCCUGCUAACAAGAAAAAAGACUUGAUGGACCUUUGUAAUAAAAAUCUGAUUCCACGAUGCCAUCAUAAAUUUUAUGAAGUCCAAAACAACAAAAGGUACCUUAUGCCAAUUACACUCUGUUUUAUCGCAUUUUUACCACAGACUGUAAAUGAAAUCAAUCUUAAUGAAAUGAGUUAAAAUACAAAUUUAGUAUGCCUAUUACGAUAUUAAGUUUUGUUGUAUGCUAAUUCAUUAGGUACAUAUUAUUUGAAUGGAAUAUUAAAUAGAUGUUUAUUUUAUAAUGUUUUUUUUUUUUUUUAUUAUACAGUCCAUCUUUCAUUUAUUUGAAAAUUUUUGAGUUGUCUAAUUCCUUAGGCAUAUUUGAAAGAAAUUAUAAUUAGGAAGAAUCUAUUAGGUUCAUAAGGAUUUUUUUAUUUGAAAAAAAAUGAUAAUUAGGAAGAAUCUAUUAUGUUCAUGAGGAUGUUUA